CUUAAUCUUCUCAUUUUGGGUUUUACCUAAUUAAUGUUUUUCUAGUUGAGAUUCUUUAUUCAGUAGAAAUCUUAAAAGAUGAGUUUUUCUUGUAGAAACAAAGUAUCUGUACAGCUUGCAGUUUUCCUGCUUCUUGUUCAGAUUCUAAGAAGAAAUUCCUGUUCAGAAACAGAAGCAGAUGCAGGAAAUACUCUGGAUGAAGCAUCCACAUUAGCGUUUGUUUUCGACGUUACUGGAUCUAUGUACGAUGACUUAGUUCAAGUGAUCGAAGGUGCAUCCAAGAUUUUAGAGACAUCUUUAAAUCGACCGAAGAAACCGCUUUAUAAUUUUGCGCUGGUGCCGUUCCAUGAUCCAGAAAUCGGGCCAGUUACUAUCACAACAGAUCCUGAAAAAUUUCAGAAUGAACUUAAAGAACUUUAUGUGCAGGGUGGAGGUGAUUGCCCAGAGAUGAGUGUUGGAGCUAUUAAAAUUGCCUUGGAAAUAUCUUUGCCUGGAUCGUUUGUGUAUGUGUUUACGGAUGCAAGGUCCAAAGACUACCAACUAGCCAAUGAUGUGCUGCAGCUCAUUCAACAGAAACAAUCCCAGGUCGUUUUUGUGUUGACUGGCGACUGUGAUGACAGGACACACGUUGGAUAUAAAGUGUACGAGGAGAUAGCUUCCACUAGCUCCGGACAAGUAUUUCAUCUGGACAAGAAGCAAGUUAAUGAGGUUUUAAAAUGGGUCGAAGAAGCUGUCCAGGCUUCAAAAGUGCAUCUAAUUUCCACCGACCAUCUGAAUGGGGCAUCAUAUACCUGGGACAUUCCGUUUGACCCCAGCCUUAAAGAAGUAACUGUUUCACUCAGUGGACCGUCUCCAGACAUUGAACUCUAUGAUCCACUAGGGAAGCAAGUAAAGUCUGAAAAUGGUCUUAAUGAGUUACUGAAUAUAUAUAACUCAGCCAAAGUAUUAAACAUCAAAGAGCCAUUGUCUGGAAUGUGGAAAAUUAAGACAUCAAGCAAUGGGCGCCAUUCAGUGAGAAUUACCGGCGUUAGCACUAUCGAUUUCAGGGCAGGAUUUUCCAACAAGCCUACGUUAGAUUUCAGUAAAACGUCCAGCAGACCUAUACAAGGGAUACCCACAUAUGUGCUCUUAAAUACCACGGGGAUUAGUCACCCGGCAAGAAUUGAUCGUCUUGAGUUAUUGACUAUAUCUGGUGAUCUUCUGGAGACAAUCCCAGUCAAGUAUUACCCCGAACGCACGCCCUAUGAGAUAUGGAAUGUGACUGAAUUUAUCCCACCAAAUGAACCAUUUUUCCUAAAAAUUACGGGUUAUGAUAAAGAUAAUUUUCUGUUCCAACGGGUAUCAAGUGUUUCCUUCUCUAAUAUUAUUCCAGGUGCCCCAAAGGUCUCUAUGCCCAAGGUAACUCCUGGGUAUUAUCAGCAGCCUGGAAGGAUCCCCUGCUAUGUGGAAAGCCUGCUCCCUGUUACAGUGCGUUUUAGUAAGAACGGAUUCAGGAUUGGAAAAGAACAGAAAUUCAGGGAUUCUGUUAAUACAAGCUGGGAGAUUGCCAAUGUCUCUAUAGCAGACGAGGGUUUCUAUGAAUGUACAGCUACAAGUAACGCUGGAAGUGCACGUGCUCAAACCUUCUUAGAUGUAAAUGAACCUCCACCUGUAAUUAGAACGCCUAACAAUGUCACGGUCACCAUUGGUAAAGGGACAUUUUUAAGUUGUGACAUCUUAAGCACCGUUCGUUAUAACUUGACAUGGGUGAGAAAUAAUAUGGAUUUAAAAUAUGCAGAUAUUUCCCGAUUUAGGAUUCUUCGCAACAAUUCCUUAGAAAUCAAAAGUGUAACUAUUGAUGAUGCUGGGGAAUAUAACUGCUACACAUCUAAUGAAGGAGGCACGGCUAUAGCUACAGUUACCCUCACUGUUCAAGACCCACCAAGAGUUGUGCUGGAGCCCAAGAAUAUAACGUUUACAAAAGGAAGAGAAAUUAAGCUGAAAUGUUCUGCAACUGGCUAUCCCACACCCCAUAUAGUUUGGACUCACAAUGACAUGUUUAUUAGAUUCUCUAGCAGGUAUGUUUUAUCCCAUGAUGGAACCUUUAUAAUUAAAACUUCCAUGGAGAAAGACUCUGGGACCUAUACUUGUUUAGCUACGAACGCAGCUGGAACAGAUCAGCAGACAUCGGAUGUUGUAUACAUUGAGGCUCCACAGAUAACUGUUGCGAAAAAAGAAAUGUUGGUAGAAUUUGGCGCGGAAUCUGAAAUGGAAUGUCAAACAACUGGCGUGCCGAAACCAGAUGUUUACUGGUAUAAAGGUGAUAUCCAAAUAGAGAAUUCAUCGAUGAUUACUAUUGACUCACAAUUAGGAAUUAUAAAAAUAAAAAAUACACAGUAUUCUGAUGCUGGACAUUAUGUGUGUACGGCUACUAAUGAUGCUGGAACAGCAAGUGGAAAAGUAAUUCUUGAUGUUGGCUCCGCUCCAGUAUUUAUUGAGACACCAAGUGAUGUGUCAAAGGAUAUCGGGUCAGACGUGACUUUGUCAUGUAAAGCAGCGGGUCGUCCUGAACCUAGAAUAAAAUGGAGGAGAUUAAAUGACACGUCGCCAUCUCAAAAACCCUUGAUCCAUCAGUUCAACAAUCAACACAAGGUAGCAACACUUCAUAUUAAAAACCUGUGGGUAGGAGAUGAGGGCAUCUAUAUCUGUGAAGCGGAGAAUCAGUUUGGAAAAAUCCAGUCACAAGCCGCAAUUACGAUUACAGGACUUGUUGUUCCUGUGAUUGGAGAGAGUCCUGCUGUGGUCAGUGUUAUUGAAGGAAACCAAGUCACAUUGCCAUGUGUUCUUUUAGCUGGGAACCCUUUUCCAGAGAGGCACUGGGUCAAGAACAAUAUUGUACUGGUUUCCAACCCCUAUGUCAGUGUUCGUACAGAUGGAAGUCUCCACCUGGAAAGAGUUCUUUUGAACGAUGGCGGAGACUAUUUAUGCUCAGUGACAAAUGUUGCUGGGACAAGCAUCAGAAUCACCACUCUUAAUGUAUAUGUUAGCCCUGUAAUUCAACAUGGACCUCAGAUUUUCAGUACAAUUGAAGGCAAUCCUGUAUCUCUGCCCUGCAAAGCAAAUGGAGUACCUAAACCCGUGAUAACCUGGAAAAGAAAGGGAGAUUCCAUUGUUCCGAACAAUGAUACAUUCUUGAUUGACUCAGAGGGAAGUUUACAGUUGUCUUCUCCAGCAGGGGAGGAUUCUGGGGAAUAUUCUUGCAAUGCAGUGAAUGCUGCGGGGUAUGCAGCCCGUAAAGUUCAACUAACAGUUUAUGUGAAGCCAAGAAUUUCAAAUCCAGAUGCGCUGCACCCCAACGGGAGCCACAAACACCUUAUUGAAAUAUCAGUCAAAGCCGGAGACGAUAUAGUACUUCCGUGUGAGGUUAGCAGUACUCCACCUCCAUUUAUCACAUGGGCAAAGGAGACACAGCUCAUUUCACCAUAUUCCCAGAGACACAACAUUCUCCCAUCGGGGUCUAUGAAGUUAUUUGAAGCCAGAGUGUCUGAUGGAGGGAUGUAUACAUGUGUUGCUACAAAUAUAGCAGGGAACAUCACUCAGUUUGUAAAGCUUAAUGUCUAUGUUCCUCCCAAAAUUCAGCGAGGUCCUAAGGUUAUUAGGGGAAAAGUCGGUCACCCCUUUGAAAUAACCUGUAUAAGUCAUGGAAUACCUCCUCCGAAAACAACGUGGCUUAAAGACUGGCAGAAAUUGGAGCCAAUGCAAGAUCCGCCAGAUAAUGUGUUAAGGGUUGAAAGUGCAAAGAUUUCAGAUGCUGGGAAAUACACUUGCAUUGUUAGCAACAUCAUUGGACAGGACAGCGUCAAUGUCACUGUAGAGAUUCAUGCGCCUCCCACACUCUCAGAUCUAGAGCCUCCUUAUAACAACCCAUUUCAAGAACGAGUCUCAAAGCAACCGAUUUCGUUCCCAUGUCCAGCAAAAGGUAACCCCAAGCCAAUUAUUAAAUGGCUGCGUAAUAACAAGGAAUUAACGGGUGCUGAACCUGGGAUCAACAUUAUCGAGGGUGGUACAAUGCUCAUCAUUGAUUCCUUAACACCGUAUGAUAAUGGAGAGUACACUUGUGUUGCAAUUAAUGAAGCAGGGCUAACAGAGCGAAAAUACAGCCUGAAGGUUCAUGAUCCUCCGGUCAUCAGAGACAGGGAAAAGCUGACAAAUGUUUCUGUUUUACUGAGUCAUGACACAACUUUAUAUUGUGAAGCAUCGGGAAGUCCUCUCCCUCUCAUUGUCUGGUACAAAGGAGAUACUCAGGUUGUUGAGAAUUCCGAUAUUCAAAUUUUAGAAAAAGGAAAAAUCUUGAAGUUUUUGAAAACCUCUAUGAACGAUGCUGGGCUGUAUAAAUGCAAAGCAACAAACAUUGCCGGGGACAGUGAAAAACAGUUCUUUGUGGAUCUUCUAGAUCCCCCCACAAUUGCAGGUAGUGGAUUAGUUAGUGAUGUCACUGUAAAUGCGGGAUUAGCGGCUUACCUGGAGUGUAGAGUGAGUGGCGUACCAUUCCCACUCAUUCAGUGGUUCAAAGACAACAGAGCAAUUUCUCCUGGAGAUACUAAUAUCAAGAUUUUGGAAAGAACACAACUCCUUCAAAUAAAGAAUUCACACUUGAGUGACAGUGGACAUUAUAAAUGUAUUGCAACCAACACGGCUGGAUCACAUAUCAAGCAAUUUAAACUUACCGUUAACAUUCCUCCAAGCAUAAAGGAUGGGAACAGUACCACUGAGUUAUCAUUUACUGAGGGCAGUGAAAUCAACUUGGAAUGUGAUGCCAGGGGAAUGCCCACCCCUACCUUAACAUGGCACAAAGACGGGCAAGCUAUUCGCCCCACUUCUCAUGUUCUGUACAAAGACCAAGGGAAAUAUCUACGCAUCCUGGAGUCUCAAAUCACAGAUUCCGGCAAUUACAUUUGUCAGGCGACUAAUCUUGCAGGAUCUGCAGAGAAGACCUAUCUGGUUGAUAUAUAUGUUCCAGCUACUAUAAUUGGACAUUCGAGCAAAAUUGAAAUAAAAAAAGUUACAGUUGGCAAUUCACUCCUACUUGACUGUGACGCAGUUGGUCACCCACAACCCCUGUUAACUUGGCUAAAAGAUGGUGUGCCUGUAGAGAUAAACAACAACAUCCAAAUUCAGUAUAAUGGGAAAAAACUGGAGAUAAAGAAUGCAGCAGAAUCAGACCACGGACAAUAUUCCUGCGUGGCAACCAACAUAGCAGGAGAAGCAGAAAUUAAAUACAAAGUUACUGUUCUAGUUCCUCCAUCAAUAGAAGAUGCACAGGAUUCUGAAGAUCACACUGUAAUUGCCAAAGGCCCUGUGGAACUGGAAUGCAAUGUGUUUGGGACACCUCUGCCAACUAUAGCGUGGUUGAAAAAUGGAAUUCCUGUUGAAAUUAACAGUGGACUCCUGAUCCAGUCGAAUGGACAAAAACUUUUGAUCCUGAGUGCAGAGUUUUCAGAUCGUGGGAAUUAUCAGUGUGUUGCAAAAAAUGAAGCAGGAGUUAGCAGAAAACAAUUUACUGUUAAUGUGCACGUUCGACCCAUCAUCAAACCUAUGGCUUCUCAGAUAUCCGUACUGAUGCACAAGUCUACGAGUUUGCAAUGCGUGGCAAGCGGAGUACCUGUGCCUCUCAUUACUUGGUUAAAAGAUGGAGUUCCUUUCAAUGCCGCCAAAGACAAUAUAAAAAUGGAAUCUUCUGGUCGUGCUCACAGUAUAAAAUUUGAGAAAACAUUGUUGGCAGAUGCUGGUAAAUACACCUGUGUGGCCACCAAUGCAGCCGGGGAAACUGAGCAAAGCAUAUGGCUAAAUAUUUACGAGCCACCUAAAAUUGAGAAUUCUGGAGAUAUACUUCAUGAAACAGUCCAUGGAGGUCACUCUGUGAUACUUGAAUGCAAUGCAGUGGGCAAUCCUGUCCCUGAAAUCACAUGGUUUAAAGAUAAUGCCCAACUCUUGAUAAGUGGAGAGGUUACUUUGGUAGACGGAAGGCACAUUCAGAUUGGCAAUGCCCAGAUAUUUGAUUCUGGUGUGUAUAGGUGUGUAGCUACCAAUGCAGCCGGAGAAGCUGAACUGACGUACAUGCUAGAAGUUCAUGUCCCUCCAUCUAUAUUCGGUGAAAGCAGUGUGGUAUCUGUGAUUGUUAAUAAUUCUGUUAGAUUGGAAUGCGAAGCAACAGGAUUCCCAGACCCUGGUUUAACAUGGUUAAAAGAUGGCAGCCCAGUUUCCAGCUUCAUUGAUGGAAUUCAGAUUCUUUCAGGAGGUCGAGUUCUUGAAUUAAAGAAUGCACAGAUAGGAGACACUGGAAGAUAUACUUGUGUAGCCGUGAAUGCCGCAGGAGAACAGCAGAAGGAUUUUGAUCUAUCUGUUUAUGUUCCCCCAAACAUCAUGGGCGAGGAGCAAAACAUGUCAACUCUGUUAGGUGAAACUCUCGUGUUGAGAUGCCAGAGUAAUGCUAUCCCCCCUCCAGUCCUCACUUGGCUUAAAGACUGGAAACCAUUAACAAUGAGACCAGGUGUCAGUAUUUCAGAAGAUGGAAGCGUUUUAAAGGUUGAAGGUGCUCAAGUGAAGGAUACCGGACGCUAUUCUUGUGAAGCGGUUAAUGUUGCUGGAAAAACAGAAAAGAACUACAAUGUAAAUAUUUUGGUACCACCUUCUAUACAAGGAUCCAGUGAUGAGUCAGAAGUUACAGUUAUUGAAGGAUCACUUAUCAGUCUCCUGUGUGAUUCCAGUGGCAUUCCACCUCCAGCACUUACAUGGAAGAAGAAUGGUACUUUAUUAGCAGCAGAUUCUUCAGGCCGGGUGCGAUUUCUAUCAGGAGGUAGACAUUUGCAAAUUACAGCGGCUGAAAAAUCAGACACUGCUUCAUAUAAAUGCACAGCUUCCAAUACGGCUGGAAGUGUAGUUAAGAAAUACAAUGUUAAAGUUUAUGUUCGUCCAAGGAUAUCUGAGAGUGGGAAUUUUGCCACAGAAGUUGUGGUAAUUUAUGGGAAUGAUGUCACUCUGGAGUGCCAAUCCACCGGUGAUCCACAACCACUUCUGACAUGGUUAAAAGACGGUGUGCCCGUAAUUAAUGGAGAUGGGGUCAACAUUCUAAGCAAUGGAAGACUUCUUCGUUUAGAGAAUGCUCAACUGGCCAACACAGGACAUUAUGUGUGUGUAGCAAUAAAUGUGGCUGGACAAUCAGAUAGAAAGUAUAACUUAAAGGUUUUUGUUCCCCCAAGAUUCCCUGAAGAUGUAAAAAAACAUGAGAAUGUAAGUGUUCUAGAAAGAAAUCCUGUUACUUUGACAUGUGGAAUGUCCGGAAUUCCCCCACCGACAAUAACAUGGUACAAAGAUGGACAUCCAAUCACCCAGAACCACUCUCCUGUGAUCAUGUCAGGUGGCAUGGUUCUUCGAUUUUCACAUGCUUCUAUUUCUGAUGCUGGGAGGUACACCUGCAUCGUAUCCAAUGCCGCUGGAGAAGAUAAGAAACAUUUUGAUCUUGAUGUUCUAGUGCCUCCCAAGCUUUUUGGAAAGCUUUUAGAAGAUAUCAAGGUGAAAGAAAAGGAUGGGGUUACAUUGUCAUGUGAAGCAGUAGGUAAUCCAGUGCCCCAGGUAACAUGGCAGAAGGAUGGGUUACCUCUUCCUGAAGACACAAGCCAUCAGAUAUCAUUGGGGGGCCAGCACCUUCACAUUACUAAUACGACAAUAACAGACAGUGGAAGAUAUACAUGUAUCGUCUCCAAUUCGGCUGGGGAUAAGAGUAAAAGCUUUAGCCUUAGUGUAUUAGUAUCUCCAACUAUCUCUGCUGCCAACCUUGAUGGAUCUCCCGAAGAUGUGUCUGUCAUUCUGCACAGUUCACUAUCCCUAAACUGUGAUGUCCACUCACAUCCUCCAUCUAUGAUCACGUGGCAUAAAGAUGGGCAUGAAAUCCAGUCAAAGGACAACAUCCGAAUUUUACCAGGAGGUCGAAUGCUACAGAUCAUAAGAGCCCAAGAAGACCACACAGGAAGAUACAAGUGUGUUGCCACCAACGAAGCAGGAGAAGCCAUACAUCAAUACGAACUGAAAGUGUACAUUCCACCUCAGAUUAACAAAGGAGAUGUUUCAGGAACUGGACAGUUUUCCAAAGAGGUGAAAGCUAGAGAGAAUUCAAACUUUUCUCUCCAUUGUGAUGUAAAGGCAUUUCCUUUGGCCACUGUGUCAUGGUAUAAGGACGGGCAGCUUCUUGAUCCUGAAAGUCCUUUGACGAUCAUCAAGGAAAAUACACUUCAUGUGGAGGAAUCCCAGCUGUCUGAUACUGGUCGAUAUACAUGUGUGGCAACAAAUCUUGCUGGAGAAGAUGAAAUGGACUUUGAUGUUAUUAUACAAGUUCCUCCAAACUUUCCAAAAUUGUCUGGCAUCUGGUUGUCUUCCGACAGCAACAUUAUGAAUCAAAAUGGUGAAAACAAGGAAGUUGUACUUAAUAACCCGCUUUCUCUCUACUGCGAAACCAAUGCGGUUCCCCCACCAACCAUCACAUGGUAUAAAAAUGGCCAUCUCCUGACAUCUAAUGGCAAGGCUUUCAUAUUGCCAGGAGGACAUAUUCUGCAGAUUGCACGAGCUCAGGAAGAGGAUGCUGGGACGUACACUUGUGUUGCAGUGAAUGAGGCAGGACAGGACUCCAUACAUUAUAAUGUUUAUGUCCUUUUGCCACCUACGUUUGAAGAUGAUAAUUUGUCUGAAGAUAUCACAGCUUUGGUGAAUGAUACAGUUCUCUUAAACUGCUCAGUAAAAGGUGAACCCAUCCCAACCAUAGCUUGGCAGAAAGACGGGCAGCAAAUCGAAAAAGCAGAACAAUACCAGUAUUUUUUGAGUGGGAGAUCUCUGCAGAUAAAAAGUGCUCAAUUAAUGGAUACGGGACGAUAUACUUGUAUUGUGGAAAAUGGAGCUGGAAGUGCACAAAAAUCCUUUAAUCUAAAUAUUUAUGUUCCUCCAAGCAUUAUUGGCAGCAGUUUUGAGAAUGUCACAGUGGUGGAGAAUCAUUUGAUCUCACUGAUAUGUGAAGUGACAGGAUUCCCUCCACCAACUAUCAACUGGCAGAAGAACGGAGAAUUCCUCAGCCAGGGUAACCACCUAUCUAUUGUGCCUGGUGGAAGAAUUCUGCAGAUCCUACAAACCAAACUGUCAGACGCUGGAGAGUAUAAGUGUGUUGCCAUCAAUCAAGCAGGAGAAAGCAGGAAAACCAUUUUACUUAAUGUCUAUGCUCCCCCUAGCAUUGUGGCUAACAGCAGAGAUUCUUCUACUGAAAUAAAUGCACGGGUAACAUCAUCUGUCAUGCUGGAUUGUGAAUCAAAUGCAUUCCCACCUCCUACAGUGCAGUGGUACAAGAAUGGUCUUCUGAUCACAGAAUCUGCCAAUCAUGAGGCUCUAGAUGGAGGUCAAACCUUAAGCAUUAAACAUGCCCAGGUAUCCGACACUGGGGAAUAUGAAUGUGUAGCAACUAAUAUUGUAGGACAGGAUAAUAAAAAAAUCUAUGUGAAUGUGCAUGUGCCUCCCAGCAUACAGGGUCCAUCGGAGGAAUAUCAUAAUGGAAUUAUACAAAACACAGUUACUUUAUUGUGUGAUGCUUAUGGUAUCCCUACACCAACCAUCAAAUGGCUCAAGGGUGGACAUCAGAUAAGCCAGACGGAUUCUCUGGAAGUUCAGUUUCUUUCUGGUGGAAGCAAAUUGAAAAUGAGCAGAGCUCAGCUUACCGAUAGCGGGACAUACACAUGUUUUGCAUCAAACACAGAAGGCACAGCUCAGAAGAACUUCAUUCUAACCAUUCAAGUUCCCCCUAGCAUCAUUGGUUCUGGAAUGUCAAAUGAGGUCAAUGUUGUACCAGGAGAAGAUGUACAGCUGGUAUGCAAAGCUGAUGGAACUCCUGUGCCUGUUAUUCAUUGGAUAAAGGAUGGUAAACACAUAAAUAAUGAUGACUACCAAGGAAUUCGUGUAAGCGAGGAUGGGCAGAACUUGAUUAUUUCCAAAAUCAAAAUAACAGAUAUUGGGAAAUACACCUGUGUGGCGACAAAUUCAGCCGGAGAAGAUGACAGAAUAUUCAACGUAAAUGUUUAUGUUGCUCCAAGAAUUGCUGAGAAUAACCGGAAUGAGCUGGCCGCUAUUUUAGACACUUCCAUAAACAUUGAAUGUCUUGCAAGUGGGAGCCCUCCACCUCAAAUCAACUGGCUUAAAAAUGGUCUUCCGCUCCCAGUGUCAUCCCAUAUAAGACUCCAAUCUGCUGGACAAGUAUUUAGGAUUUCGAGGGUACAGAAAUCCGAUGCAGGUUCUUACACUUGUGUAGCCUCAAACCGAGCUGGGGUAGACAAAAAAGAUUACAGCCUUAAAGUCUAUGUGCCGCCUAUCAUGGCAGAAUCUGACAUCACUCAGCAACUGACUGUUGUGAAAGGAAAUCCGAGUACCUUAAAAUGUUUUGCUGAUGGAUCACCUGUACCUCAAUUAUCAUGGGUGAAAGACGGGAAACCAUUGAAUCAGAGAUAUCUUUCACUCCUGCAAAGUAACAACACAGUCCUUCAUCUAUUAAAUACAGAAAUGGAUGACCUGGGAAGAUACACGUGUAUUGCAUCAAAUGAAGCUGGGAGUGUGAGCAAGCACUUCAUCCUUAAUGUCAUCGAACCACCUCACAUUAACGGGUCUGAAAACACAGAAGACUUAUCAGUAGUUGUAAAUAAACAGUUAGAUGUUUUUUGUUAUACGAUGGGGUUUCCUCCUCCAAUAAUAACAUGGCUGAAGGAUGGGCAGCCACUUUCACAAACUGAGAAUGUUCAUCUACUGAAAGAAGGGCAAAUAUUGCGAAUAACAAGUGCCCAGGAAGUAAAUAUAGGACGUUAUACAUGCCUGGCUUCAAAUCGUGCAGGGGACACUAAAAAAGAAUUUUCAAUAGAUGUUCACAUGCCUCCUAACAUUGCGGGUAGCAGUGGGCUCCAUAACAUCACUGCCCUACUAAAGAAGCAAAUUGCUCUGGAAUGCAAAUCAGAUGCCCUCCCACUGCCAAAGAUUACAUGGCUGAAAGAUGGAGUGUCAUUAACACCAAAUUCCAGAGUACGUGUUUUAUCUAAUGGGCGAUACCUGCAGAUUGACCAUGCUGAGGUGACGGACACUGCAAGAUAUACUUGUGUGGCAAGCAAUAUUGUUGGAAAAACUACUAGAGAGUUUAUGCUCAAUGUUUAUGUUCCACCUUCAAUAAAAGAGGGACCUCACAUAGUGACUACAUUUGUUAAUGAGCCUGCUACUUUGGAUUGUGUAACCACAGGAAUCCCUUCUCCAAGGAUAUCAUGGAGAAAGGAUGGGACAAUACUGCCCGGUAACAGUUCCAGGCAUUUCAUCUCUGAACUUGGCUCACUAAACAUUUUAACAGCAAAUAUCACCGACUCAGGACAGUAUUUUUGCUUGGCAACCAAUGCAGCUGGCUCUGAGCAACGGCAAAUUGAUCUCUUAGUAUAUGCUCCUCCAUCAAUUCUUUCUGGAUCAACAAAUAUUACAACUAAGGUCAAUUUCCAAACUACACUGCCAUGUGAGGUCUCAGGAACACCAACACCUAAAGUAGAGUGGACAAAGAAUGGGCGUCUCAUUAAUAAAGAUCUAAAUCAAAAUGUGUAUAGAUUUUUAUCUUCAGGUUCACUAGUAAUAAUUUCUCCAACUGUAGAAGACACAGGGAUAUAUGCAUGUUUGGCUUCCAGUGACGCCGGUGAAGAUGAAAUUGCAGUUUUUCUUUCUGUACAAGUGCCACCUUCCAUUGCAGAUGAGGUUACAAAUAUUUUUGUGACAAAAUUAUCACCGGCAUUGCUCCCUUGCACUGUAUCUGGAGUCCCACACCCGUCCAUCCACUGGUUAAAGGAUGGAGUGCGUCUCCCUGCUAGAGGAACUACUCACAGAAUACUGUCAUCAGGAAGUAUUGAAAUCCCAAGCAGUGAGCUAGAUCAUGCCGGUCACUACACCUGCAGCGCUGUUAAUGAAGUUGGUUCUGCCCAAAUUCACAUCAACCUUCAUGUUCAAGAGGUUCCAGUCAUUCGCAGUCAGGCUGAUUAUUUAGAAAUCACAUUAAACAGCCCUGUCACUUUAUCCUGCGUUGCAUCCGGUGUACCUGAACCAACUGUAACAUGGCAAAAAGAAGGCACCAGUAUCAAGACAGGAUUUGGGCAUACCAUCCUUCCUAAUGGCAGCAUCCAUAUAGAAAAGGCAACACAAGAUGAUGUGGGUACCUAUACUUGUAUUGCGCAGAACGCAGCUGGUACUGCACUCGGAAAGAUCAAACUUAAAGUCCAUGUUCCACCUGAAAUUAAACCACACUUGACCGAAUAUGUAAUUGCUGUGGAUAAAUCUAUCACAAUGCUCUGUGAGGCUACUGGGAAUCCAACACCUGAGAUUAUGUGGUACAAAAAUGGAGCGUCUCUUGCCACAUCAGCCGGACAGAGGAUUGUUGGCACGGGAGCUUUACAGAUUGCGUUUGCACAGCCUGAUGAUGGUGGACUAUAUACAUGCAUUGCUGAAAAUAUUGCAGGAACUGUCAACUCUACCAUGACCCUGUCUGUCUUAAUGCCACCUCGGAUUCUAAAAAUAAACAAAGAAUUGUCUGUGAUAAAUGGUUCUCGAAUAAAAUUACUGUGUACAGCACAAGGAAUUCCUGCCCCGGUGAUUACCUGGGAAAAGAAUAAUGUACCUGUAUCAGAGACAUAUGGAAAAUACACCUUGCUAACAUCUGGAGAACUUAUACUGCACAAUGCAGAGCGUACAGAUAUUGGUAGCUACGUUUGCACUGCUCGUAAUAUUGCUGGAGAAGAUUCACAUACUAUCAGCCUCAUUGUAAACUUCAAACCAUAUUUUACGGAACUCCCUACAAACGUAUCUUUAAAUGAAGGAGACGCGCUUAGACUAUCGUGCCAAGCAGCGGGAAGCCCUUCACCUCGUAUAACGUGGAGCUUUAAAAACAAAACUCUCUCUUCACGAUGGGGCCAUUCUACACAGCAAAGUGACCUUAUGAUUGAGAAUGUUUUAAGAGAAGAUUCGGGGGCUUACACUUGCACUGCAGAAAACACAGUGUCUUCGAUAUUCACUGCAGCACAUGUAUUUGUUAGAGAACCACCUGUACUCAUUGGAGUCCAUCAUGCUAAUCAGUCAGUGCCUUUGGGUGGUAACAUUGUUUUGAAAUGUAUUGUGAAAGGAAACCCAUCACCUAGGAUUCAAUGGACUAAGAACGGAAAUGAUAUUCUAUUAAGCAGGAGAAUUCAACAGUUCAGUAAUGGAUCCCUUUCUAUCUCCAAUGCCAUAAGUGAAGAUGCCGGUGAUUAUUCUUGCAUUGCAACAAAUGAUGCUGGUGUAAUGGAACAUACGGUUAGACUCACCCUACAAAGACUACCAGUUAUUACAAUUAAUCCAGUCGAUACUGCGGCGGAUGCUGGUGCUACUGUGGUACUUAACUGUCAGGCUGAAGGAGAGCCAUCCCCCCACAUCUCUUGGUCCCGGCAUACUCACCCUUUCACCGACGAUAGAAGAAUUACUGUUUUGUCAAACAAUUCACUGCAAAUCCUUUCUGCUCGGAAGGAGGAUACAUCAGUGUAUGAAUGCAAAGCUACAAAUAUAAUGGGAUUCACUACUGUCAAAGCAGCUUUUACAGUCCGAGUGAAUGGGGGAUUUUCUGUGUGGCUCCCAUGGCAAGCUUGCAGUGUGAGCUGUGGUCAGGGAGUCCAGAAAAGGAUGCGACUUUGCAACAAUCCAGUUCCAGCAAAUGGAGGCCUUAAUUGUCAUGGAGCAGAGACAGAGACACGAAGCUGCCAGAACAAGCCAUGUCCAGUGGACGGUAACUGGUCAGUAUGGACCACGUGGGAAGAGUGUUCAAAAUCAUGUGGAGUUGGCAAAAAGACAAGGUUACGAGUAUGUAAUGACCCCCCAGCCCAAGGUGGAGGAAAGACUUGCGAGGGAAAAGCUGUAGAUGUUGCGACUUGUAAUGUAACUCCAUGUCCAGUUGAUGGCUUGUGGAGUCCUUGGUUCUCUUGGGGUCCAUGCAGUAAGACCUGUGGGAAAGGCACUCAGACUCGAAGAAGACUAUGCAACAAUCCUUCUCCAGCAUUUGACGGAUUACCUUGUGAAGGACAAGACAUUCAAAUGCAAAUAUGCAAUGACCAGCAUUGUCCUGUGGAUGGAAAAUGGUCUGUGUGGGGAAGCUGGACAUCUUGUAGUUUGUCGUGUGGUGGAGGAAUUCGUCAAAGAACCCGAGAUUGUUCCAAUCCAACUCCACAAUAUGGUGGCCACACAUGUGAAGGAAAUGCCCUGGAAAAUGAGGUCUGCAAUGGUGACCUUUGUCCCAUUCAUGGAAACUGGGGAUCAUGGAGUGUCUGGGGAACCUGUAGUCGUACUUGCAGUGGGGGUCAAAUGAGAAGAUAUCGAGCAUGUGACAAUCCUGCCCCUUCACACAGUGGAAGAGCGUGCACAGGGACUGAUACCGAGAUACGAAAAUGUAAUACUGACUUGUGUCCCGUUGAUGGAAAUUGGGGUCCCUGGGAAGCUUGGAGUACAUGUUCUGCUUCUUGUGGGGGAGGGGAGCAAAUUCGUACACGUCAGUGCAAUCAUCCCAUCAACAUGCCUCGGGCAUGGCCCUGUCCAGGAGAUGCCAUGCAAAUACAGCAAUGUAACAAACAAGCAUGCCCAGGAGGACCUCAACAUGUUAAGGGCAAUUUAUUUGGAAACAUCAAUGGAGUUGAGUUUGGAAUCGCUCUCCUUAAUGGCACAAUUACCAGUUCCCCUGAUGCCACGGCCAAAAAUAUUCAGGCAACAAUUACCAAUAUACCGAAAAGUCUGGGUCCAUCGAUGAGGAACCUUAUCUCAAUUUUAAAUCCUAUAUAUUGGACGGUAGCAGAAGAGAUAGGAGAAGCUGUGAAUGGAUUCACUCUCACAGGUGGUGCAUUUAAAAGAGAAUCCCAAGUGGAGUUUGCAACUGGUGAAAUUUUGCGGAUCACGCACACUGCUCGAGGUGUUGACUCAGAGGGGUCCCUUGUAGUGGACACAGCAGUGAAAGGGCAUGUUCUGCAACUUCAGGGUUCUGCAGAUGUCAGUGUAAAGGAUUACACAGAAGAUUACAUUCAGACUGGCCCUGGACAGCUCUAUGCCCAUUCAACAAGAAUGUUUUCUUUGGACGGGCUCAGUGUGCCAUAUGCCUGGAACCACACAAUCGGUUAUGAUGAAGAUCACGGAAAAAUGCCUUUUGUGAUAGAGACAUUGCGUGUCUUUUCCAUAGAAGCAGAUUACGAUCCACUCGAGGAAUCUCUGAACUUUCAAAUUCAGUCUUCUAUCUCCACAGGUGAUCUAAGUAACCAGUGUCCUUCUGGAUUCAGUUUUGAUGCCUCAGGAUUCUUCUGUGCUGAUGACGAUGAAUGUGCUGGUCACAGUCCAUGUUCUCAUUUAUGCCAUAAUAUAAUGGGAGGUUACUACUGCUCUUGUCCAAAAGGCCUGAUAAUUAUGGAGGAUGGAAAGACAUGCAAUGAUGUAGAUGAAUGUUCUCUGGAAGAAUCUCCCUGCCGUAACAACCAGGAGUGUACAAACACAAUUGGUUCCUACCUGUGCACUGUGAAAUGUGGAGCUGGGUUUCGAGCUGCUAGUAACGGCCUAACCUGUCAAGAUAUCAAUGAAUGUCAAGAAUCAGUCCCAUGUCAUCAGCGUUGCUUCAAUAGUAUUGGAAGUUAUCACUGUGGCUGUGACCUGGGUUAUCAGCUGAAGGGCAAAAGAUGUUUUGAUGUGAAUGAAUGCCGUCAAGGUGCAUGCCGACGAGAUCAGUUAUGCAAAAACACACGUGGGAGCUAUAAGUGCAUCGAUCUGUGCCCUAGUGGAUUGACAAGAGCAGAAAAUGGAUCUUGUGUCGAUAUCAAUGAAUGUAGAGAAAUUACUCAACCAUGUAUAGGUAACCAGAUCUGUGAGAAUACACAUGGAAGUUAUCAUUGUGUCUGUCCACGAGGUUACAAGUCUGAAGGUGCUGGGAAGCCUUGCGUAGAUAUUAAUGAAUGUGUAAAACAAGAUGUUUGCCAACACGAAUGUAAAAAUGUUCUGGGGAGUUACCAGUGUCUGUGCCCACCUGGUUAUCAGCUCAUGGCCAAUGGAAAAACAUGCCAAGACAUUGAUGAAUGCCUUGAACAGAACAUUCAAUGUGGUGCCAAUCGAAUGUGCUUCAACAUGCGAGGAAGUCACCAGUGUAUGGACACACCAUGUCCACCAAACUACGUGCGCGACUCUGUGUCUGGGUACUGCUUGAAGAACUGCGCUGCCAAUGAUUUGGAGUGUGCUUUGAGUCCCUAUGCUUUGCAGUAUAAACUUGUGUCGCUUCCAUUUGGCAUUGCCGCCAAUCAAGACUUAAUACGCUUAGUUGCGUACACUCAGGAUGGAAUCUUACACCCAAGAACAACAUUUUUAAUAAUUGAUGAAGAUCCUUUGCUGCCAUUUUCUAUCCGGGAAGAAAAUAUGAAAGGUGUUGUUUUCACCAUCAGGCCCCUUACAAAGCCGGAAACAUAUCGAAUGAAAGUGAAAGCGUUGUCCUACAGCAUCGAUAGAACCAUCGAAUAUCAAACAGCGUUUAUUGUUUAUAUCUCUGUAUCGCCAUACCCCUACUAAGAUAACUGUAUACGUUGCCAAUUUAGUAUUUGAUAAUGCUACAGUCGGACUAAUUUAAUAUAUUUGGGGGAUUCCGGUGUAGAUUUUAUUUUUUCGGACAAGAAAUAAAAACUUAGAUCAUGUUCCAAGCAUAUUAAUGCAAUAAUUAACGUGGAUAUUUUAUACUAGAAUUGGCAGCACUGUAUUUAUGUUUUAUGGGUUUUUUUUUUUGUUUGUUUGGUUUUUUUUUUGUGUACCAGCCAUUUUCAUAUGAAUCUGAAUGUAAAAAUCCUAGUUUCAGUAUAAUAAGAUGAAAACAUAAAAUAAAGUUUCACUUUUUAUUUUACAAAAUGCACAUUGUAUUCAUCCAAUACAUUACUGUUACAAAAAUAUUAUAAAACCGUUUUUUACAUCUUGGGAUGUGACCCAUGUGAUACCGGUAUAAUAUGUGCCACACUUAUUGCAUGUGGUACCUGAAAAACACCAGAAGCAAACACAGGAACCACACAGGGUUAUCAUAAUCCAUUCACAUAGCAGACAAUGACAUAACAUGCCGGGCCCCCUUACACAUACAUCACUCUUAUUUUGUUAAAGGAACACUUCGAUCACCAUAACUACUACAGCACACUGAUGUGGUUACAUUACCAGGAGUGCCUCAGCCUGAUAUAGCUGACACUGAAUGGGUUAAUUUAUAAAGUCUAAUUAAAAAUUGUAAACGAGAAUUUGGUUGAAGUAAAAACUGAGUACCAAA